CAUUUUAAACCCUUAUUUAGAGCUCGUGUGGUUAUGAAUCCUGGAAGCAGAAAAAUAUUUCAAGCGAAGCCACCGGAUAAGGGAAGCUUCCCUUUAGAUCAUGAUGGUAAGUGGAAAUUUUGAGAGAAAUGGCGGUGGAGUGUUCAUAUAAUGGCGCACUGAAAAUUAUAGUGAUACCUAUAAAAUAUAUGUUAUAACAGGUGAAUGUAAAGAAUACAUGAAGAAAUAUAUGAACUGCUUGAAGAAAAACAACAAUGACAACCAUAAAUGCAGAACAGAGUCAAAGGAUUACCUUCAGUGUAGGAUGGACAGGUACCCCCUGAGAUAA